GUGAAACAGUUUUACGCAAUAUUAGGUGUAAAACGUGUUUUAAUUGUUUGACGAAAACAAAUUGUAUGAAAGCAUUGAUAAUACAGUUAUGGAGUAUUUAGAGCCCACCGGAAGUGAUGGCGAGACCACUGCCAGAAUACUUUGCUGUCAAUGCGGAUCAGCCAUCUCUCCCAAUCCGUCCAAUAUGUGUGUGGCGUGUCUUCGCACUCAUGUGGACAUCACUGAAGGGAUUCCCAAACAAGUGAUCAUCUAUUUCUGCAAACGAUGCGAACGAUAUCAACAACAAAUGGGACAAUGGAUUGGAGCGGAACUGGAAUCGUCUCAAUUGAUGUCUUUCUGUCUCAAGAAAUUGAAAUCUUUGAAUAAAGUGAAUUUAGUGGACGCGACGUUUGUGUGGACUGAACCGCAUUCAAAGCGCAUUAAGAUUAAGCUUACGGUCCAGAAGGAAGUGAUGGGCGGAACUAUUCUUCAGCAGACAUUUGUGGUGGAGUUCGUAGUGAACGGACACAUGUGUGAGGACUGUCACCGACAGGAGGCCAAAGACUUCUGGAAGGCUGUGGUUCAGGUGAGACAGAAGACGGACCACAAGAAGACGUUCUUCUAUUUGGAACAACUGCUGAUCAAACAUAAGGCUCACGACAAGGCGGUGAACGUGAAGGCCAUUGACGGAGGGAUUGACUUCUUUUUCAAUCGCAAAGAUGACGCCAAGAAAUUGGUUGACUUCUUGAUGUCUGUCAUCCCCUGUCGUUACAUCACUUCACAGCAACUCAUAUCACACGACACUCACAACAAUACCUAUAACUAUAAGUAUACGUUUGCCGUCGAAAUUGUCCCCAUUUGUAAGGACGAUGUGGUCUGUCUUCCUCUGCAAACCGCCCAAAGCAUUGGUAAUAUCGGACAGAUUUGUAUUGUUAUUCGAGUGACAAAUCAGGUCUAUUUGAUUGAUCCCUUCACUCUAAGAACAUUUGAAUUGACGGCAAACAACUAUUUCCGUCACCCUUUCCGACCGAUCUGUAGCUGUAAACAAAUGACUGAAUUCAUUGUUAUGGACAUCGAUCUGAUCCGUGAAGACACUAAAGUGCAAAUCGGUCGACAUUCGGACAAACAUUUGUUGGCCGACAUAUGGAUAGUGAGGUCGAGUGAGAUCGGCAGCGAUAACCAGAAGCACAGCCGAACACAUUUGGGACAUCUCCUCAAACCGGGCGAUAUGUGUCUCGGGUUUGACAUAAACGGCGCUAACAUUAAUGAACCCAAUUUCGACAAAUACGAGAGAAGCCAUUCCGAUAAGAUUCCGGAUGUGGUAAUCGUUAAGAAGUUCUUCGGAGACAAAGUGACCAGAAAUAGACGACGCGAAUGGAAACUGAGACGCAUUGAACUCGACAAGGCUUCCGACGGCAGUUCAGCCAACAGGGAGUACAUGGACUUCAUGGAAGACCUCGAAGAAGACCCAAUGCUUCGCCAGAAUGUCAACAUUUACGCCGACAAAGAGAGGAUGGAGUCGGCAAUGGCUGUGGAUUUGGACGAACUCGAAGCGGAUGCGCCCAAAAUAACACUUCAAGAAAUGCUUGAGGACUUAGUUAUCGAUUAAACCAUACAUUACUUUACUUUUUAUAAAAACUUAAAUUACAAUCAAUUUAUUAUUAAUAAAAUGACACUAAAUAUCAAAUGA